UAAAACUCCAGUGUACAAAAGCCAUUUUUGAUUGCCACUCAACAGUUGUUUUUAUUAUUCGGGCAUGGACGCUCCUAUUUCUUGAAAUAUUACAGCAAUGUGAUAUUUUAAAGUUUGUGUUCAGUUUUAUAAUCUAUCUAUCUCUAUUAUCGUAAUUUUGAAAUUUUCAAUAAAUUCCGUUUGCUGGAUCCGGAAAAUGCUGUUUAUUUUGUAUGUAUCAAUUGCUUUAUUUGUUAGAAAUGCUCACAGUCAGAAUGUCAAAUAUAAUUUGGGCAACAAUCAAAACACACCACUUCAGUACCAAUCGUUCAAUGGCCCAACCCCUUCAAAUGAUGACUCAUUCUAUGCAAGUGUGGGACGCUACAAAUCACCGGACAAAUUUGGCCUAAGAAUGCAAGAAGAAAACUUUUGUCCGGAACAUUGGAGAACAUAUAGAAGCACCUGUCUUCGUAUUCAUAAGUCACCACGAAAAGAUUAUGUGAAUGCGCAGAAAAUUUGUCAAGCAUAUCAGGGGGAUUUGGUGAGCAUCGAUAAUUUAGAGAAACAUUCUUUUGUUUUGAAGCUGUUAGACACUGAAACCAUAAGCAAGAGCAGUAGAUUUUUUAUCUCAGCGCGCCAAGCUUCGCCUGGAAAUUGGAUAAAUGCGGACAAGACCCAACUGCUAACCCUGGAGGAUGCCUUUAAUUAUGAUACGGAAGUUGAUAGCAGUAGCUACGAAGUUAUUUUUAACAAAAACAAAUUUUCGUCUAAAUAUGACCAGCGCAAGAAAAAUCUUCUCGGUUACAACGAUGAGCGAAACAAUCUUGUUUAUGCUUUUAACAUGAAUAGCGAGAAAUGGCAGUUUGUACCUGUUGAAUCAAGCGAUCAUAACUUGUUUAUAUGUGAAUCAGAUCGAUUAUAUUCAAUUGAAAACGUGAACAUUUUGGCUGAUGAUAGGCGUGGAUACGAUUACGGAAUUGAAAUAAAAGACAUAACAAAGGUUCCACGGGGGCCAUAUUUUAUAAAACAGCCUCGUGACACAACAUAUGAUACGGGUAAAAUAAAAAUAACAAAAGAUGUAAUGCUGAGUUGCCUUGCUGGAGGUUAUCCAAUCCCAACGUAUUCUUGGUAUCGUGAACUUUACACAAAUGACAAUGUAACGGUUGUCAAACUGGACCCGCUGAAGAAUUCGAGAUAUACAACAAGUGGUGGCAGCCUGAUAAUUCACGAUCCUCAACAAAUUCAAGAUCAAGGAACAUACCACUGCAUUGCUGAAAACAAAUAUGGAAAGAUCAUUUCGGAAAGCGUCGAGCUAAACUUUGGUUACAUCUUAGAGUUUAAUCUGCAACGGUCGUCCGAAAACGGUGAAAUGAACUGGGGUAAAUCUUUGUAUUGUGACCCACCUCAGCACUAUCCAGACGUACGGUACUACUGGUCACGAACAUACUUUCCAAAUUUUGUUGAAGAGGAUCAGCGAGUUUUCGUUAGCCACGACGGAUCAUUAUACUUUUCCUCGCUAGAAAUCAAAGAUCGAGCAAACUACUCUUGCAACGUUCAAAGCACAGUCAGUGAUACAGGAAGAAACGGUCCAUUUUUCAACUUGCAAGUCGUUUCGCAUCCUCAUUAUCAGGACCUUAUUUUCGCGAAUACGUUUCCCAAAAUUUAUCCCGAGGCACCGGUCGCCGGGAAGGACGUAAGAUUAGAAUGUAUGGCAUUUGGGUACCCAGUACCAUCCUACAACUGGACCCGCAAGAGUGGAAACCUUCCUCGGCAAUCAUAUUUAGAAAGCUACAACCGAGUACUUGUGAUAAGAAACUCAACGGCGAAUGAUAAUGGCGAAUACACCUGUACAAUAAAAAAUGAUCGAAAAUUUCUCUCGAAAAGUAUUCUGGUAAAUAUCCAGAUGGAGCCAAACUUUACCAUUCCACUUAAGGAUAAGUUGAAAGAUUUUCAAAGUUCCGUGACUUUUUUGUGCGAAGCAACUGCUAUUCCUGAUGUAAACUACACAUGGUAUAAAAAUGCCCAAUUGAUGGAUCCCGAGAGCAGUAAAUUUAACAAAGAUAAAUAUAUUAUACAAGACAAUAUUCUGAAAAUUAAUUUCCUUGAUCCAGAAGAAGACAAUGGAAUGUAUCAAUGCAAGGCAUCAAAUCAAUUGAAGGGCGUUUACUCAUCUGCUCAGCUACGAGUUUUAUCAAUGAAGCCGUCAUUCAAAAAAAAGCCAUUGGAAUCUGAAAUUUAUUCUAUAUAUAACGGAAACACCACCAUUGAAUGUGAACCGGAAGCAGCACCACGACCGAAAAUAGUAUGGAAAAAGGAUGGAAAUGUUAUAGGCAGCGGUGGUCAUCGGAAAAUCCUGCCCGUAGGCACCCUUUACAUUUCGCCUACUAGUCGAGACGAUGAGGGUGUGUAUACAUGCGUUGCUAGCAAUACACAAGGAGUGGCAGAAUCGAAAGCUCGGCUUAUAGUACUGCAAGAGCUUCGAUUUAUCGAGCAACUGCCGCCUAAACUGAUAAAACAAAUCGACGAAAUGUUAUACUUAAGAUGCGAUGUCAGCUACGAUGAAGUCCUAGAUGUGGCGUUUCUGUGGGCACAUAACGGACGAUUGAUUAACAGUGACGAUGAUGUUUUCAGGAAUAAUUCUCGAUUUUUUGUUAAUAACAAUCACCUGGAAGUUCACAAUCUGACUCUUCUAGAUUCAGGAGAAUACGAAUGUAUUGUAAAAUCUGCGGUAAAUCAAGUCGUUUCGAAAACGAACGUGUUUGUGCAAGGUCCUCCAGGUGCUCCAGGCGCUAUUAAGGUCAUAGAUAUUAAAAAAACGGAUGCUGUUUUGGAAUGGAUAGAUGGUAGCGAUAAUGGUAGACAAAUUAUGUUCUAUAAUAUUCUGGGAAGAACCACUUGGAAUAAAACCUGGGUGAACAUAUCGGAAAACGUUGUUGCUCAGGAAAUCGAUCGAUACAACGGAAGAAAGAGAGCAGUAGUAAACAAUUUGACACCAGGAUGUGGGUACGAAUUUAGUGUGAUGGCAGUAAACGAUUUGGGAGGAGGCACUCCAAGUCUACCAAGUCCGCUUUAUAACACCCAAAAAGAUAAGCCGUACCUUUUCCCCAAAAAUAUUGGUGGAGGCGGGGGCAAGAUUGGCGAUCUAACCAUCACUUGGACACCUUUACUUCCUGAAGAGCAAAACAGUAUUGAUAUUCACUACAAAGUGUUCUACCGUUUGCUCGGCCAAAAAGAAUUUGCAACUGAUGUUUUGAAAAAUCGUGGGAACACUGGAAAAGCCGUUGUGCACAUCCCUUCUGAUAAAUACUACACCAAAUAUGAAGUCAAAGUGCAAGCAAUCAAUGAUCUAGGAGACGGUCCUGUCAGUGAUAUAGCAGUAAUUUACUCGGCGGAAGAUAUGCCACAAGUGGCUCCACAACAAACCAUUGCAAGAAGCUUCAAUUCAACGGCUCUUAACGUUUCUUGGGUGUCUGUACCUCAAACUAGGGAAACCAUUAGAGGAAAAAUGAUUGGUCACAGGCUAAAAUACUGGAAGAAGGAACACAAGGAAGAAGAUGCUGUUUAUUACUUAUCUAGAUCCAUCAAUUCAUGGGCGUUAAUUGUCGGUCUGGAGCCUGACACCUACUACUUCGUUAAAUGCAUGAUAUAUAAUGGAGCCGGGGAAGGCCCAGAAUCAGAGAGGUACCUAGAAAGGACAUAUCGCAGUGCUCCCCAGAAACCACCCUCUUCUGUGAACAUUUUUGGAAUAAACCCAUCUACGAUUCGCGUUGUUUGGCGAUAUAUUGCUCCUUCGCAAGACGAAGAGCCUGUGCAAGGAUACAAAAUUCGGAUCUGGGAAACGGAUCAAGAUAUGACAACGGCAAAUGACACCGUGGUUCCAAUAGGAAACAAACUCGAGAAAUAUAUUGAUAAUUUAACUCCAGGUAAAUCGUACAAUCUUCGCGUGCUGGCCUACAGCAAUGGAGGAGAUGGAAGAAUGUCCAGCCCACCGUUAAAGUUUCAAAUGGGAAUAACUCAGUCGCCAUUUAACGGAUCCAAUAAGAAAUACUCGAUGCCAGCAAUUGUCAUAAGUAUCAUGGUCAGUGUGUGGCUCACAUUACAUUUCUAACUUAAGAAGGAAAAUUCUGGAUAUCUGAGAGAAAGAUGCCAUUUUGAACAUAUUCCAUCCAUUCGUGCAUUGCAGUGAUUUGUAGGUUAUGAAGCUAGAAAUAAAAUAGAUUAUUAAAAUGGGUAAAA